AAUCUAAAAAUACAAACAGCAAAAAACAGCAAGUCCGCGGCCAGGCAGCACGGCUGGGCAGAAUCCAGGGCUCACACCGGUAGCGACUGGUCAAACAGGCGGACAGUACAACGAACAAGUAACGACGACGAGGACCCGACAAGGAACAAAGGACGCUGAGGGGUUUGACCCAGGAAUCCUCCAUGGCGGCAGUGGGACCAGAUGCAACCGGGUCAUGGUUCCUGACACCAGGACUCUUCCUCCUCCUCAUCCUUCUCAUCCUCCUCUCCAUCUUCCUCACUGCUCUCUGCAGCGAUUGCAACAGUGGAUCAGAAGCUUUUCCUGAAAUCUGGCACCAGAACCACAAUAUGUCCAUCCAUGGGGUCAGGUCUGGAGCAGAGGUGAUCAUCUGUUUGGGUUUCAGAAACUCGUUUGAGCUCCAGGACUCAGAGACAGAGAAACGGCUGUCAGCUCUCAUCCGAGUGGUGAAGCUGGAGGAGGUGAAGGAGAACCCGAUGAUUGGAGAGAUCCAGAAGGACGAGAGAGAGUUUCGUCCUGGAGGAGGUCCAGCUGAGCCGGUCAGUUCCUCUGAGGGCCAACAGGGGGAGCUGCAGAGCCGCCCAGACUUGUAUGGCUCCGCCCCUCGAACCUGCGACCACGUCAGAGAUGGGCGGGGCGACGGAGGCGAGGCGCUGGGACCGUCAGCCAUCGGCUGUCAACGCAGCUUCAUUACGUCACUCAGUCCGACGAGAGGAACGCGGCUUCCGGUCGGGUCAGCAAGAAGCUCCGCUUGACCAACUCAGCUGUUCCCACACCGGAGGGGGCGGGGCCACCGCGCGGGGAGGAGCCUGAGCAGCAGCGGGAAACAGAAUGACCCCAACACCAGGGGGCGCUGUGGCAGCGGAGGAGGAGGAUGACGCCUCAGCAGGAGUUUAAACCGCCUGUUACCAUGGAAGCCUUUGGAAACCUUCUGAGGCUUCUGAUUGGUCCGUUGGGUUCCGACACAAACCGUUCUGAUCAGCUGAUUUCUGCUGCUCGCUUCAUGUCCAUCCAGAAGAGGGCGCUGCAGGAUCAGAAACUGAAAUAAAGUUUAAAAGAUUUUAAAGAUUUGUAAACACAGUGGUACAAAAACAAAGAUUGAUUCGUGUUCAGUUUCUUGUCGGAUAAUUAUAACUAUGCUAGUGACAGGUUCGACUGUCACUAGCAUAGUUAGCUCCCCGCACUAGCAUAGUUAGCUACUUCACUGACUCUGUUGUUCCGGAUGCAGAUGCGGGUUUUCUAUCCACACAAUGAAAUGAGCACAUGAAGCAUUUUGGGUUCUCUCUCCAAGAUUAGAAUUUUUAGCUAAAUUAUUUAGUUUGCUUACACCUGCUGCCAUAAACUAAACUUGGUCUGAUUAUUAGAGAACAGCCACGAACAGCAUAAAGUUACCUGAGCUCCACAGGCAAG